AUGUCUGUCUUCGACUCACUCAGACGCGGCAUGGCCUACAUUGGCACCUCGCUCGCCGUGCCGGACCAAGUAUCGUGGCUCAACAACGUGCAGGUUGUCCCUGCCGCAACCCUCUCCAACACGGACAAGCAAGUUCUCUACGCCCUCACCGCACUCUCAAUCGUCACAUUCACCCUCUAUGUCUUUCGAAACAAGAUCCUCUCGCUCUUACCGCGAUGGCUCCAGCCGUUCGCACAAGAAAUCGGUCCGGGGCCUGCCAAGCGCAAGUCCUGGACGCACUGGACCCUGAUCCUUGGUCUCUUGGCCCUUGCGGGACUCGCCUUGUCCAUCGUCCCCGCGUGCCUGAAUCCUAAACAACUCAUCGCCAUACUCGAGGUCGUUCCGUGGCUCGGAGCGACUCUAUUGACGGCUUUUGAUCGUCCUACUCACACUCCGCGCAUCCUCCUCCUGCACUACACGUUCAUUGUCGCCGCCGGCCUCGCCACCUAUGCCGUCCAGUUCCUCGACCAUGCAGUGGAGGCCCUUGACACCUACCGCGUGGCGCGGAUCGCCAUCGCCAUCGCCGCCGUCCUUUCCAUCGUCAACAUGCCCAUCCGUAACCCGGCAUGGGAAAAUGAGGACAUUGGCAACCCCAACCUCCCUCCGUCCCACGACGUCCGCAGUCCGGAGGACAACCUAACACUCUUCCGCUUCUGGGCCAUGACCUGGGUCUUCCCCCUCGCUCGCAUCUGCCGCCACAAGGAGAUUACCGAGGAGCAGGUGUGGCAGCUGCCGUUCGAGUUCCAGCACACGCGCUUAUACAUGGCGUUCCGUGAACUCAAGGGCAAUCUGAUCCCCUGCCUGAUCGAAGCCAACGGCCUGGAUCUCUCCAUCGCCACUCUUCUGGCGAUUGUGGAAAAGGUGGCGGAAGUCUCUAACAUCCGACUGACAAGCAAACUCUAUGCUUCUUUGGACAGACAGAGGCCGGAUGAGGCGUAUUUUUGGUGUCUUGUCAUGCUGUCUCUCGACUUUGGGCGGCAGCUGUGCAAGACCACUUCGUCGUGGUACUCGCGCAAAGCGUAUGAGCGAUCGCGAGGAGAGACCUUCAUCGGAUUGUUCCGAAAGCUCCUGACCCGGGCUGUCCCUGGCUCCGACGUCACAGAGAAGGGCCCAGCGGAAGACAACGUCCUCGCUACCGGGGCCUCGCAACCCGCGAACAAGUUCCAGCGAAUUUUUAGCAAGAGUGCCGGCGGGAAGAAGCAGGCCAAGCCACCAAAGGACGCGCCCAGCCAGCCAGCAUCCAACGCCAAGGUCGUCAACCUCGUCCGCGGCGAUACCUACGAAAUCUCGCAGCGCUUCUGGGAUUUGCCGAAGCUCGUCUCGCAGCCCAUCAAAGUCGGGGUUACCAUUUAUUUCCUUGUCGACAUCAUGGGCUGGCCAUCGACCCUCGGCUUCGGACUCAUGGCCCUCGUCCUGACGGUCAACUCUUUGCUUGUUCGCGAGCUUGUCAAGAUGGAGCGUCAGAGGACCGCCCAUUCCGACAAGCGCGCACAGGCAGUCGCCCACUUUGUCGAGGCCAGCCGCCCGCUCAAGCUCAAUGGUUGGACCGCCUCGUGGAGCGAUAGAAUCUUCCGGUUCCGUCUUCGCGAGAUGCUCAAGCGGCUGCAGAUGGCACGCGUCACGGCUCUCAUCUCGACAAUCAACGUUGCUGGCGGCACGUCGUAUCCCCUGGCGAGUAUUUGUCUCUAUACGGUGGUCCUUCGGCAGAGCCUCCCGAACGGUGUCAUCUGGCCGGCACUGCAACUAUUCAGCCAACUCGAGAGCAGCGUCAAGGAGGCGUUUGAUCUUAUUGCUGCCUACUGGAAGGCAAUCAUCCCCGUCGAGCGUGUCAACAAGUAUCUGGACGAGCCCGACCGUGACGACACCGGCAUGAAAUCCUCAUUUACGAUGGAUAUCAAGUUUCAGGACGCAUCCUUUUCGUGGCCCUCGACGCAGCACACCGUACUGCAUAAAUUGAACCUGAGGUUCUCCGAAGGCUUGACCAUCAUUCGGGGCAAGGUCGGCUCUGGCAAGUCCAGUUUGCUACUAGCCACACUGAAUGAGAUGGAACUGCACGAAGGUGACAUGCUGCGCCCGGACGAACCCAUAGGGUACGCCCAGCAGCUGCCCUGGCUGCAGAACAAGACGAUCCGCGAAAACAUCCUGUUCCAUCAGAAGUUCGACCCCGUGCGAUAUCGACAGGUUAUCAACGCAUGCGCACUGGCUCCCGACCUGCAGGUGUUUACCGACGGCGACCAGACGAAACUCGAGGAGGGCGGCGUGGGGCUUUCCGGCGGCCAAAAGGCUCGCGUUGCCCUUGCGCGGGCAGUGUACAGCCCGAGUCGCAUUCUUCUUCUCGAUGAUCCCCUGGCGCCGCUUGACCACGAUACCGCUAGCAACAUCGUCCGACGCUUUCUCCAAGGGCCGCUUGCCGAGGGGCGCAUCAUCGUCAUGGUUACUCAUCGGGACGAUUUGGUCCUUCGCAUCGCCGACAAGGUCAUAGAUAUGGACGACGGCCGCGCAAAGGUGUUGUCGAACGAAGAAAUCAGGCUGGAGCUCGAGCAUCCGAUCCACACCCCAGACAGUCAUAGCGCGCACGAGGAUUCCGAGCAUGAGCAUGACGAAGCUGACGACGCAGUGUCGGGUCUGAAAGACGCGCCGGAGGAGCCCGCAGAGACGGGAAGCGUGCCCCUUUCCGUAUACCUCGGCUAUAUGAAAGCCGGCGGAUGGAAUAUGUGGGUGCUGCUGGCAGUCUUCUACGGCCUGUCUCGCACUUCCGACAUUGGGCGCGCCCGUCUGCUCGAAGCCUGGGGCAACGCGACGGCGUCCCAGGCAGCAGGCUCGCUCGAAGGGCCCUGGGGCCUGCCCAACCCAGCGAUCCGUCCAGACAUCUGGAUCUACAUCCUUGCCGGCUUGUCCGCCGCGCAGACUACCACGUACGCCGUGGCCCAGCUGCUGCUCGCAAAGAUCAGCAUCGAUGCGGCGCAAAACCUGUUUAGGGUUGCCAUUGAGAGAAUCAGCAAGGCCACAUUCCGGUACCAUGACGUGACGCCGACGGGCCAGCUCAAGAAUCGCCUGAUUGCGGACAUGGGAAUGGUAGACGGUGGGAUCCUCGCGCCGCUGGAGGCGUUCGUGUUCAACCUGAUUGCUCUUGUGCUCAGCAUGAUCGCCAUCAUGUUGCAGCAGCCGAUCUUGCUCGCUAUCCUCGCCGCUGUGGCUAUCCUGUUCGUCUACUUUUUCCGGUACUACGUGCCCGUGUCGCGCUGCCUGCGGCGCAUGGAGAUGCGCUACCUGACGCCCAUCAUCGCCAACAUCGGCGUCAUGCAGGACGGGCUCGUCACCAUCCGCGCUCUCAGGGCGGAGGAGCACUUUCAGGACCGCCACUUGGACGCCGUGGACGAUUUCCAGACGCAGGAUCACUUCUUCUGGAGCAUGGCGUUUUGGCUCGACUUCCGCCUCAGCAUGUCGUCGGCGUCCACGCGGGCCGUGCUCGUCGCCUUCAUGGUGUGGCGCGGCACGCCGGCGAGCGCUGUUGGUUUCGUCCUGACGCAGUCCUCCAUUGCCAUGGCAGCGGUGCAGCAGCUCUGCGAGAAGUUCGCGCAGCUUCAGCUCGACGCGGUCUCGCUCGAGCGCGUCAAUAUGCUCAACAGGAUCCCCGAGGAGCCAAGCGGCGACGACACCCCGCCGGACGACUGGCCGCGCCCCUGCGAUGCCGUGAGAUUCGAGGACGUGUCGUUUAGAUAUGCCGACGGGCUGCCAGACGUGCUAUACAAGGUCGCGUUUGAGAUUCCCGGUGGAUCAACAUGCGCCGUCCUGGGCCGGACGGGGUCAGGCAAGUCGACAAUCGCAAACGCGCUGCUCGCCACCGAGACGGCCAGCAACGGCGCGAUAAAAAUUGGCAGCAUCGACCUCGCCAAGGUGAACCGCACCGAGCUGCGCAAGCGCGUCACCUUUGUGCAGCAGGACCCGACGCUCUUCCCCGGCACGCUGCACGACAACCUCGACCCUGAAGGCAAGUUCAGCGACGAGGCGUGCCUGAACGCCAUCCACCGCGUGCUAGGUCCGGAUUGGGGCCUCGAUUCGACCAUAGAUGCAGGUGGCAAGAACCUGAGUCAAGGCCAGCGGCAGCUCGUCAGCAUUGGGCGCGCGGUGCUGCGGCGCAGCGGGCUCGUCAUCUUGGACGAGGCAACGGCGUCGAUCGACAGGGCCACUGCUGCGCUGGUGCAGAGGAUAUUGAGGGAUGAGCUGGCGGAUAGCACGGUUAUAACGAUUGCACACCGAUUAGAAGCAGUCGAGGACGCGGACUGGUGUCUCCGGCUAGACAAGGGGCAGGUUGUAGAAUGUGGGCCAGCUAAAGGUUUGAGAGGGAGCGACGAUGAGGAUGAGCAAUGA